CGAGAGGGCGCCACGUGGAAAUGUAACUUUUAUGUGUUAUCUACAUUGCCCUCGCUGUGUCUACAAAUAAUUUCGUUCUCAUUCAACAUGUGAUUUUUCGUAUACGUGGAAUCAGUAUCAUGACAGCAUUCGAUGCAGAUGGACUGCCCGACGUGGUGCUUCUGCAGAUAUUUAGGCUCUUGAAGUUCUCUGAUCUAUGCAAAGUUGGAAGGGUUUGCCGCCGUUGGUAUGGUCUCUCACGGAGCCAAGCCCUGUGGACAUGCGUGGAUGCCAGCGCACCUGAAAUCAGCUCAGUGCAGAUGGACAGGCUGGCCUCAGUGCUAACAGACUCUGUUCGGUGGUUGUACGUGUCGAGCUUCUUGCACUGUGGGCUCUUCCUGUCUCCAGGAGCUCUGCGUGACCUUCGAGCCCACUGCCCUUACUUGUCCACCCUUGUCAUCAAGAGUGCUCUUUUAACAACUCUCGAUGACUUUGCCCCUGUAACUGUGGGAGACCUCCCACCCACUCUCAAGACCCUUUCACUUCGCCACUCUUUUUUUCAAGUGGACCAGUUCUUCUCGCUUUUGGCCAUUCGUAACCUGAGCAUUCUCGACUUGAGCUUUUGUUGGUGUGUCUCAGACCAGGACAUUCCCUUUGUCACACAGCUCCCAAACCUUCGCGAGCUGUACCUGGAAUACUGUGAGGACAUCCGGGACACAGGUGUGGCAUUGGUUGUAAGCCGUGGCCAUAACUUGAAAACCUUGGCCCUUGAUGGCACUAAGAUCACAGAUGAGGCAAUCCGCACAAUUGCCGAAAAUGCAUUUGCACUGGAAAGAUUGUAUGUUGGUAGCACAGCAGUUACUGAUAUCGGCGCUUUGCACCUCUCCAAAGGAAAGUGCUUUUCAUUACAGGAGCUUUGUCUCUUUAGCACAAGGGUUACUGUGCAGACAAUGAAGGUGCUGGUUGAUGUUUUCCCACAGCUGCAGUGGCUGAACUUGGAGAACACACUUAUUGAUAUUGGAGAUAGUCCCCUAAUUGCCAAGCAGGUGCCACCGGGCUGCACAGUUCUUGUGGAUGGAGUGCGCUUUCACCUGGGGGUUGGCUGCAACCAUUCUGUGGACCGGUUGCGACUACAAGAUUGAAGAGGCAGCAUGUCCUGCCUGACUGCAAUGCCAACCUUAAAGAGUGCCUCGUGUGCUAGGUAGCUCACAGAAGUAUAAUUGUUUGAGACAUUGAAGAGGGCCGGAGGGACACCAGUAUCCAUGACAAUUUGCCCGAACCAACACUUUUCAUGUGGCCCAUACAGGCACCAAGAAGUGGGCUCAUUUAGAGUAAUAGUGCAAACUAUUGGCUUUAGCUGGUGUUGACUAUCCCGAUCAGACAAGAGACAGUUUGCUUCUUACUAGAGAAACUGGAUGCAGCAUUGUUAUGCUACAUCAAAGGGACCCUGAAAUGGUUUCUUGAUACCAGGGCGUGAAAAAAAAAAGGCUAAUGGAAAGGCCAUGUUUGUAACCAUCUCAUUGGCUGACACUGCCGCCAUAUAGCAGCACAAGACUUGCAAAAUGCAUUGGAAAAAGGAAAGAAGUGCUUGUGCCUCUAGUGUUAUCACACAAUGCAGUGCUGUUAUAGCACAUUUUCUGAUAAUUUUCGUCCCGGACUAGGAUGAAUUUUUCUUCAACUAUGAGGCUUUCCUUUUGAGGAACCCGUAUGGGUUUCCUUUGUAGCAAUUGCUACGAACAGGUGGAUGUCUGAUUUCCCUUUAUUCAUUUUCUGAUAAUGUGCAUCUUGCUGCUGUCUCCAUGACCAAGGGAAAAGUACAGCUGCAGUGUCAGAGUGGUCGCUUCACUGAAGUGGCAUGGAUUUGUCCUUGAAUUGAGGUGUUCAGUAUUAACUUUGGCACUUUGGUUGGAUCAGAAGCUGUAGAUAUUUGGUUUUCAGAGCUAUGAGCAUGGUACUGUGCCAUGUAUGUGUAAAAGCAACAUGAAGACAUUAUCACACAGCCGCAUAACAAGUGCUUUGAAUCCAGGAUUGUUUAAAUUGUUGUACUCUUUAUACUUUAUGCUUGUGUAGCAUGAAAAAUAUUGCACGCAUCUGGGCUGAAUCUGAUUACCAUUAACUGCAGCAUAUUGCUCACCUCUACUGCCUUGAAAGGCACUGAAUCUCUGUGGUGAAAUUGCAUUUGUAGUCCAGUACAGCUGCGCUUGGUAACUAACACCACAUGCUUGGCUGCCGAUCACAAACUUGAACAUUUAAUGUGUGAUCAUCUGCUGAGGUUCAGAGUAAGAAAGGAAAGUCACUGUGUUUGUUACAUCGAAAUGUCUACUUAAGGUACUUCAGCACUGUAGCUGAGGUGAAAAUUUUUAUUGCUUAGAGAAGAGUGUGGCCACAGUCAUUGACAAACAGUGAAUCUUGAGUGUUUCUUCAGAGGUGUUUUAUGUAUUUGCCUACCUCUGCAUGUUGUAGCCGCACUUUUAUUUAUUGUUAUUUGUGUUUGCAUAUUAGUUUGUGUCUUAUAUAGCUUAUUCUUUUAUUCUUGUGCUAGAAUGCAUUUACAUUUAUAUGUAACGUGACCUGUGCACAAGACAGGCAUAAGCUAAGAGCAAGGUUUAGCAAAGAAAGUAUAGAAUUUUAUUCACCUUUCAUUUUAUUUUUGUAAUAUCUUUAUUGUUAUAUUUUUGUAAGCAACUUUUUCCAGUUAUAGCAUGUACAUGCUCGACCUUCGAAAACUGUGACUCUUGAAAGGUAUAUGUCCCACCUCUUCGGUCAUUUUAGCUUGUCAGCCUAAGCCAGAUUGAUUUUACUGUGUGUGGCGAGGGAGUGAAGGAUAUACCACAACAUUGUCCAUACAAGUACCAUUGCAUUGCUAUCUGUGUAUUUAUGUGUUACAUGCCGUGUAUGUGCAGUUCAAUAUUGCAUCUAUUAUUUCUGACAGGAACUUCACAAGUAGCUGGCAGGCCAGCA